AUGCAGGAUGACUUCGAAUAUGACGCCCUGACUUUUAGAGCCCCUCAGCAGACUCGCUGGUACACCCGCCUGUGGCCCGCAUGCCUGGGUCAUGGGUGCUGUGGCCGGAAACGGCCGCAAUUUCAACUGUAUUUAAUUGGGUAUGAUCCUGUGGGGCAGCUGCAAAGGGCGGCAAGUGUGGGUGAUGUGGCAUUAGUUGAAAAAUUUAUCAAUGGCAGCGAACACCACAUAAACGAAUCCGACAGGAGGGGCAGGACAUCCCUACACUAUGCAUGUGCCCAUAACCAUCCCAACGUGGUAGCAUGGUUAGUAUCCAACGACUGUACGGACAUCAAUAUUCAAGAUGAUGAAGGCUGCACACCCUUAAUUAAGGCGACCCAGAGGGACAACGUGGAGUGCGUCUCCAUACUACUCAUGCAGGGUGCUGAUCUCCACAUCGUAGAUUUCGGUGGGGAUGCAGCUCUACACCACGCAGUUAUCCGAGGAAAUAUAACAAUUGCUGGAAAACUGCUUAAAUAUAAGGCAAAUAUUGACGCGAAAACAGAGUAUGGGUUGACCCCAUAUAAACUCGCGCUAUAUGAAAGGCAACACCAAAUGGCCGAGUUUUUAAUAAAGAACGGGGCGGAGGCACAUUCGGUGCUUCAGCCAAAUAGAUCUCUGAUUGACCCUGAAGCUGGUCUGGCAGCCAACAAGCCCAAAUGGUAA